UGCUCUGAGGAAACGGUCGAUCGUCCCGACCCCGGAAAAAAGUCGGCGACUUGGCCCUGGGUGCCCCAUGGAGAGCGAGCCUGGAAUCGUGUCGCCGUUUAAACGGGUUUUCCUGAAAGGAGAAAAGGGCCGGGAUAAGAAGGCCCAAGAGAAGGUGACCGAGAGACGCCCCCUCCACACGGUGCUGCUGUCUCUGCCGGAUCGCGUGGACCCCGAGGUCCUGCUGAAUGACUUUAUCGAAAAGGAAGUGAAGUAUUUGGGCCAACUAACAUCCGUUCCAGGGUACCUGAAUCCCUCCAGUCGGACGGAAAUUCUCCAUUUGAUAGACAACGCUAAGAGGGCUCACCAGCUCCCCGGCCACCUGACCCAGGAGCACGAUGCUGUGAUCAGUCUCUCGGCCUACAACGUCAAGUUGGUGUGGAGGGACGGCGAGGACAUUAUCGUCCGGGUCCCCAUCCACGACAUCGCCGCCGUCUCCUACAUCCGGGACGACUCCUUACACCUGGUCGUGCUGAAAACAGCCCAGGACCCGGGCCUCUCCCCCAGCCAGAGCCUGAGUGCGGACAGCUCCAAAGCCCUGACCUCGGGCUCCCUGACCUCAGAGGGCGGAGCGGUGCCCGUCGAAGCCUGUUGCUUGGUGAUCCUGGCCACCGAGACCAAAGCAGCCGCGGAGGAUCUCUGCUCCCUGCUCAGCCAAGUCUUCCAGAUUGUUUACACGGAGUCCACCAUAGACUUCUUGGACCGAGCAAUAUUCGACGGGGCCUCCACCCCGACGCGGCACAUGUCGCUGCACAGCGACGACUCUCUGACGAAAGUGGAUGGGAAAGAAACCUAUGAAACUGAAGCAAGCACUUUCUCCUUUCCGGAAUCGCUGGACGCGGCCGGCCACUCGCCCUCGUCCUUCUCGGCCCAGCCGUCCCCCCACGUCAAGACGGUCAGCGAGAGUGAGCUGAGCACCACCGCCGCGGAGCUGCUGCAGGACUACAUGAUGACCCUGAGGACCAAGCUGUCUUCCCAGGAGAUCCAGCAGUUCGCCAUGCUGCUCCACGAGUACCGCAACGGGGCCUCCAUCCACGAGUUCUGCAUCAACCUGCGGCAGCUCUAUGGCGACAGCAGGAAGUUCCUGUUGCUAGGUCUCAGGCCCUUCAUCCCGGAGAAGGACAGCCAGCAUUUCGAGAACUUCCUGGAGACGAUCGGGGUGAAGGACGGGCGGGGCAUCAUCACGGACAGCUUCGGGCGGUACCGGCGGGCCACGAGCACCGCCUCCAACUCCACCAGCAACGGCAACGGGGCCACGGGCAGCUCGGACGACCAGUCGGCCCCCUCGGAGGGCGACGAGUGGGACCGCAUGAUCUCGGACAUCAGCAACGACAUCGAGGCGCUGGGCUGCAGCAUGGAUCAGGACUCCUCGUGAGGAAGGGGCCGCCGCCGGCGGGGCCGGGGGGGGGACUCGCCUCCCGCCCCCACGCCGCCCCCAUCCGUCGCGGUUCCCCGGGGGGGCCGGCGCCGCCCCGCCGCCGGCCCCGGAGGCGUGGCGGGGGGCGGCCGGGGGGCGCGGGGGCCCUCCUACUGUGAAGGGGCGAGCGCGGCGGGAACGGGCCGAGGGCCCACGGGGCCCGCGCGGGGAGGUGCCCGAGCGGCACCGCCCCGGCCCGGAGGGUCCGGCCCCCCCGCCCGACCCCGGGGCCGCCGGGAGGCGGCGGGGCCGGCCUCGGCCUGGUGGAGGAGCGGCGGCUUUGCUAGGAAAACCCUGCGGACCGUUUACAGUUUUGCACAUGAUCGUUCUCAUCGUAGCGCUCAGAGACUGGUGGGGUUUUGGGGCGGGGGGGAUUUUUUUUUUUUUUUCGUAAUGAAGUUUACCACAAUGUGAAUAAUUUAAA